AUGGGGGACUUUGUAAUAAGAGACAAGUAUUGGCAUAACUUUUUUCUUCAAUUUGCACAAUCACAGAUUCACAACAAAGUGUAUGCAACAUGUGAAACAGUUUUGAGAUUUCAAAAAUUAUUUGCAACUUAUGAUGUAGUUGAGUUAUUGUAUUACUUAUUAGGAGGACGUGAUCGUCGUGGAGGACCUAUCAUUACUUUUCCUGGUGUAGCAAACACAGAAUUUGUGGCGGAAGAGUUUGACAAGCUGAUGAGAUUUGUUUCAAGUGUUCCAAGUGAAGAUUCUCAAGAUAUUGGAUUCAGUGUGAUAGCUGACAUGCGAAAUAAGGACCUUCCUUCUACAAAUGCACUUCUCAAACAUCUUCAGCGAUCGUUGCCAGUAAAAAUCCACACAGUAUUUAUUCUAAAACCUCACAGUUUUUGGCAAAAAAGUCGAACAUCAAUGAGCCACAAAAUGAGCAAAACUAAGUACAACUUUGAGGUCAUCAUGUUGUCAAGUUCGUUGGAGCUGCACAAGUUCAUUGAUGCCAGGCAGCUGACUGAGGAUUUUCAAGGAGAAUUACAGCAUGAUCAAAAUGCUUGGAUUGAAAUGCAAAUGGCACUGGAAUCUCUUGCUAAUGAUAUUACUGAAAUUGGCAGUCGCUAUCAUCGUCUGGACACGGCUCUUAGCAUGUCUAAUGUAGCCACAUCACCAGAAGAAGCUGAUACUCGACUUACAGAUCAUGAUGAACUAAAGCUGCUUUACGAUCGCUCUGUUCUUCAACCAGUUUGUGAUCGGUUUAGUGAGCUAGCUAGAAAGGUCUAUCACAGCUCUGAAGACGGAAAAGGAAAUCCUGAUUUUGCUGCAGCAAGAACUCGAUUAGGAAGUCUAUUGGAGAAGUUAGACAGCAAACGGAGAAAGCUCGAAGUGAAAUGGGAGAAGAGGAGAGAUGUUUUAGAGCAAUGUGUGCAAUGGAUGACGCUGGAGAUGAAAGUAGACGAGCUGUUGGAUUGGAUUGGUGAAACCAGUGAGGAUUGCAAAAGAGAUUGUACCAGUAUAGGGACAUCACCAGCUACAACUGAGCAGCUGAUAACUAAGCAUCAGCAGUUAGAAGAUGCAGCUAAAGAGAAAUGCAGUGGCAUACUUGAUGUUGUUGUGUCUGAAGCUGCAACAAUGCUAGAAAAUGGUCACUACGCUACUGAAGACGUUAAAGUUAAAUCUGAUCGACUGCAGCAUGAAUAUAGCGAUCUAAGUGAAGCUCUGACAAUUAGAAAUGCUCUCCUUUAUCAUGCAUUGGCCUUUCAUACAUCGGUGUUUCAGUUUAUGCACAAUGUCAUUGACUGGAAGACAGCCUUUGAAGAGAAGUCGAUUGACCAAAAUGUAGCAGAGGUAGAAUUGCAAAUUAGAAACUGUAAGAAAUUACGGGAAACGGUUGUGGAAGAGUUUAGUACUUUGAAGCAGAAAGGUGGAACUUUGAUUGAACUGCUUCAGAAUAUGGCAGAGAAAGCUCAGAUAGAUGAUGAUACAUCAGCGAAUCAUGUCAAACAGCUGUUAGUAAAGGCAAGUGAAGAGAAACAAAUGUUGGAGACACUCUGGCAGAAGAGAAUGCGCGAUCUCUCACAGGGACUGGGACUGAGGUUGUUUGAAAAGGAAGCACUAAAGGUUCAUGACUGGCUUGAUGAAAGUGGGUUUAGUUUUUUCACCAAAAACAAAGGUGUCGGGAAUGGUCAUGAUGCAGCAGUAGCUCUCCUUAGUGAACACAAGUCAUUUGAAAGCAAUGCUCAGAUUAUGAAUUCAACAGCUCACAAGCUUCUUGCUUCUUCAGAAGACUUAGCCUCUAGUGGUCAAUGUGAUCCUGAUCAAAUACGUUCAGUGGCAGAUCAGUUGGAAGAGAGAAUGCAUGACCUAAUGGCUCGGAGUGAGAGACGUAGAGAGCAGUUAGAGAUGUCAGUUGCAUUUCAAAAGACGGUCAAUGAGUUACUUGGUUGGAUGGAUCAGGUGGAAAAGGAUGCAGUGGACACUUGCUUUCCAGUUUCCGUAGAUGAUGCCAAGCUGAUGAUCAAUGAUGCACAGCUGAAAAGAAACCACAGUGCUGUCCAAACAGCUAACACUUUGGCUCAGGGGCAAUCAUUGAUAAACAAAUUGAUCGAGCCAUUAGAAAACACAGGAGGCUCACUUUUGCCAUACUAUUAUGAGACUAGAAAGAAAAUUGGCAGCACUAUGGAAGAACUGCAGGAAAGACAUGCACAUGUAGACUCACAGUUGGCAGACAGAAAGAUGAAACUGGAUGUCUGUUUGGUUUUGAGAACAUUUGAAGAAGCAUCACGUGAUCAUUUGCAAGAAAUAGAUGAGUAUUUUAAACAUUGCCAAAGUCAGCAGCUGGCACCAAAUGUCGAUGGGGCAGCAACCAUGUUUCACACCCACACUAAAUUUACGGAGGCCAUGGAAGAGGCUUAUACAUACAUUACAGAGACAGGUCACAGUCUGUUGUCUCGUUUGAGUGAAAGCAAUAUUCAAUUGGCAACGUCUAUGGAUGCUAAGCCGGCUGUAGUCCAUGUUCGUAGUAUUUUGGAUGAUAUGGCAGAAAAGUUCUCUCAAGCACAAGCGGCAGGAAUGGCACGAGCGAACAUGUUGGAGCAAUGUCUACAGCUAAGAGACUACGAAACUAACGUGGCACAGGUGACUGGUGCUAUCGCAGACAGCUAUAGUGCUCUGGUUUCAAAGAAAAGGAUCGUUGGCAAGUCACUAGAAAGAGCAGAAGCAUUGCUCGCUGACCAUGAAGAGUUUGAAGUUUCAAUUGAAAUAAUGGCUGACAAUGUUCAGGAGUUGGUUUCUCAAGCAGCAGAUUUUGAAGGCUAUGACCAUUAUGAUAUCGUUACAAUUCAACAACUUGCUACUUCUAUUCAAAAUGAAUGGACUGUGUUUGCUGAAGCCGUUGACAACAGACACUCACUCUUGACCAUGUCACAUGAUGUUCAUCGUCACCAUGAUGAUUUGACAUCACAGUCUGUUGCAUUGCAGAAAGAAUUUGGGAAUAUGUCUGUUCCAGACAGUGUUGCCCAUGUAAACACUGUUAUUGAGCAGCACAAACAACAGAAAGAUUUUUUUGUUCAGGAGUGUGAUCGGUUUGUCUCAGAUGCAAAUUAUCUUAUAGAGCAACUGAAGGAGUUUGCAAUGACUGCCUAUUGUGAUGACCAUGGUAGAGUAGCCGAUGAGAAAUAUGAGGAAAACAUGCAGAGAGUGCAGGUGAUGCUGGAAGGUAUGGGUGCAAGACAACGUAAAACUCUUCGUUUAUGGCAGAAACAACACAGAGUUUUGGAACAACAUCAUGAGAUACUUGGAUUUAUGGAUGAUGCCAAAAGGAUUACUGACUGGGUGUAUAAUUGUAAGGAAUCUAUAGCACCACAGAAUAGUGUUGGAAACUCUGCUGAUGUUGUGGAAAAACUGAUUUGUGACCUGGAGCAGUAUGAAAGCCAAGAGAUUCAAAGUUAUCACGAUAAAACUGUUCACUUGAUGGAAAAGGCAGCUGAACUGCAAAAGUUUGAUCACUGUGAUACAGACAGGUUGAAGGUGAGGUUGGCUGUAUUGAACUCAUCUUGGCAGGACUUGGAGGACAAGCUCAUGAAACACAAGAAGAGACUAAAACUGUCAAAGCAAUUUUAUGAAGUGCUGUCAGAGUUCCAGACUGAACGUGAUCACAUUUUGCAAUUUCUUAACAAACUGACUGACAGAACAGAUGUAUGUGAGUCAUCUUGCUGUGCUCAAAAUGUCAUUGAUGACUUGGCUGAACAUAAAGAGCAAGUUAUGCCUUCUCUUAAUUCUAAGCUCUUACAACUAGAAAGCUUGUCAAAGCAAAUUGAAGACAGUCGGAUUGCUUUACGGACAGAGCUUGUUGCUGCUCACUGUCUUGCUUUAGCAUCAGACAUGGCUGAUCGAGCUGGACAUCUAGCAACACUAAAGGAACAACAUGUACAGAUUGAAAAGGAGAAAGACGACAAAAAACGGCAGGAAAAGAAACGGGAUUUAUUGCUGGAAGAAAUGAUUGUAACUGAAGAUCGAUAUGUCAACGACAUGGCUUAUGUGCUUAAGCAUUAUCAGGAGGAAAUGGACAGAGAUGGACCAAUUGCUUUGAUGGGAAAAGACAACAUUGUGAUGGGGAACAUGGGAGAAUUGCUGCAGUUUCAUCAAGGGACGUUUCUUUCUGCUCUUAAGGAAGCUGGUCACUCUUCAGAAGAAGUAGCAAAGUGUUUUGUUACUUGGGAGAGCAAUCUUCUUGAAUUGUAUCUCAGUUAUUGCAAAACUAAACCACACUCUGAGACUCUAUUAGCUGAAAAGGGACAACAGUUUCUGACAGAAUGGCAAGUAAGUAGAGGCCACAAUAUUGGUUUGGGAGCAUAUUUAAUUAAGCCUGUUCAACGUAUUACACGAUAUCACCUCAUACUUCAAGAAUUGGCAAAGUAUUGCCAAAGACUGAAAGACCCAAUGGUACAGCUGGACAAAGCAUUACAGAUUAUGUUGGAGAUCCCUAAGAAAGCAAAUGAUGUCAUGAAUUUUAGCAUGGUUAAAGAGUAUGAGGGUAACUCUGACAGUCUUGGACGACUGUACCACCAAGACACUUUUACUGUUGUAGACAGUAAGAUUCUUUGGUCUAAAGAGAAGGAGCAGCAGUUGUUCUGUUUUCGUGAAGUGAUCUUAGUUUGCAAAUGUGUUCGAGAUCAACUGGGCAGUGUAACAGGCUACUUACAUAGAUUUUCCAUGAAGACAAGGGAGAUGAUAGUGGUUGAGUUUAUUGAGGGAGAGCCGUGCAAGUUUGGUAUCUCAACUGGUAAAUCACAGUCAGAAAUGAAAUACAUUUUUAAGGCAAAGACUAUUGAAGCUAAACAAGAUGUUGUAAAGACACUUCGUCAUAUCGUACAGCAAGUUCAGCCAAUUCCCGGCCAUCUGUCACUUGAAAGAGGAUUGUUGAGACGGUCCUUCAAAGUAGGGAAGAAAAAGAAGGGUGCAGGCACACCGCAAACUCCUGAUAGACCAGGAUUAGCCCGUCCUACACUGGCAGCAGCACUAGCCUCAAUCAUUACAGGAGAUGAGAAGAAAGGAAUCACAGACGCAGAAGGUUUCGUCAGGCCUCUUCACAGGCAGCACGCAAGAGUUUUUGAUAGCUCUGCCUUUUCAUUCCCAUCUGAUCAACUGCUUGCAGACAAGGCAAAGGCAGCAAGCUCAAAGAGCAAGACCUUGAACCCUCUACACUUGAGCAGAAAUGCUAGACAGUUAAUGACAACCUCUUCUGUUCCAGAGCCUCUGUCUGAACGCCAUGUUGUGGACAGCUUGAAUGGAAGAGAUCUUAGCGGCACGUUGUCUGAAGAUCAUAGACCGAGGAGCAAUACUGUUUUUGGAACUUCGUUCAGCAGAUCGAGAGUUGUGCGUAUUAAAAGGGUGAACGAGGCCAGUGUCGUAAAAUCUUCGCAAGUAAAGCAAGAUGUUGGUGUUCUAAAGAGGCUAGACAGCCCUCCACGUAGAUGCAGCCAUGAUAACAGUGCUAGUUCGCCGGUUCUUCUACACAGGUCGUCUGCUACGGCCGUAUUGAUUCCACGUUCUCGCUCUGUCUCGUGCACUACAGUGGCUACUGCUAACAAGUCAUCAUCUAUUCAGUCUGAACUUCCUGGUGUGGUUGGUAUUCGUGCAGGGCUGAAGAAGAACAGAGAAGAUGCAGAGGCCUUGACGUAUAGCGUCUCCGAUGGAGACGUAGACCAGGUUAUAUUGGAGACUGGUGUAGCUAUUGUACAACUACAGAUAAUCGUAAUUGCUGUUGUACGUUCUAACUCACAGAUUGCAGAGAAUGACAACAACUCUUUUGUCGAAUCUACUGAACUUAGACGUUAUGAAGACAUGAAAGCGGCUAACACUAGCAAAUUGAUUUUACAUUCUGCUAGGGUUGAGACUGGUCAAAAUUUCACAAAACAACAAGCUAAUGGCAGUAGUAUAGACCACGCCUUUGAAGCUGAAACGGCAGGCGACGGAAGCCGCGCUAGUCCACGUACUUCCAGUAGACGGCAAGAGUGGAGACGCAAACUGAUUGUGAAACGACGACCGGCGAAGUCGGUGAAAGAAAUCGGUAGAGCGUGGUACGAGCAUCGUUCUCUUUCAGUACAAGGUAUCGCUGGGUUUGGGCUGGCCUCUAUAGAUCGACUCCGUUCUCUACAAGUGCUUCUGCCAUCAAUGGAUGAUUGGAAGCAGCAGAGUCUAGAGGUAGGACCGAACUCGGAUUUUGAAACCAAAGACAAGUCUGGAAGACUUCCGUCUUUACGCAUACGACAGGAUUAUGUUUUGAAAGAGUUGAUGGAAACAGAAGAAAAUUAUGUGACUCAACUUGCUCGUUUUAUUCACACAUAUGGGCAGGAAAUGAAAAGUCCAAAUUUACCUGACUCACUGAAGGGCAAGUACAAUUUAAUCUUUGGAAACAUAGAUGAAGUCUACUCUUUCCACAUGAAUACAUUUCUGCCAGCACUGAAGAAUUCUCAUGGUGUUCUUGGAGUUGCCGAAUGCUUCAGCAGUAAAGAAUCUGAACUGCUUCGAGUAUAUGUUGUUUAUUGUGAGAAUAAGCCACGAUCAGAGACGUUUCUGGCCAAUUUUCAUGGAACUCUUUUUGAGGAUAUACAACAACAGCUGGGUGAUCGAUUGCAAUUGCCUGACUACUUAAUCAAGCCUGUCCAAAGGAUUAUGAAAUAUUCUUUGCUACUUAAGGACUUGCUAAAGGUCUCUCACUCAUUGGGAAAUACUGAAGAAGUUCUGGAGCUCGAGAAAGCAUUGAAAGUAACUUCAGACGUGCCAAAGCAAGCUAACAAUGCUAUGCAAUUGAGCAUGAUUGAAGGCUAUGAGGGCAAUAUUCAUGCUGUGGGAGAGCUCCUGCUGAAGGAUGAAUUUCUUGUCUCUAAUGUAAGGAAUGGUGAUGGUAGACAAAGGAAAUCUCAUGUAUUCCUGCUGGAGCAGGUUGUUAUUUUGGCUGUCUUAAAGGGUAAACAGGAAGGAAAAUUUAAUGACAGCUACGUGUGCAAAGACACUCUAAAAAUCAAAGAAAUUGGAGUGAAUGAGUGUGGGACAAAUGAUGAGAGGAGAUUUGAAUUGUGGACAGGAAAGAUAAGUAAUCCAAGACAGAAAUAUCAACUGGAAGCAAUGACGGAUGAUAUCAAGUGGACAUGGGUGAAACAAAUAGGAAAGCUGUUGUCAGAACAACUUCAUAUGAUGAGAGCCUUGAAAGGAUUGGAUUCACAGAGAAAGCACUCGUCGUUAGAGUUAACUGUCUGUAGCACUUUAGCAAGAGUAGAGUCAUUUAUCGACUCUGAAGAUGAUUUGGUGGAUGAGGAAGACCAGUGGAAAGACUUGACUUUAUCGACUCAAUCCUUGGCUUUGUCAACUCAACCCUUGUCAUCGUCAUUAGAAACGUAUGUAGCAGCAUUUGGCUACUCCACAAAUGAAGAUGAUACUAAAGAGGGGAUCAUCUCGUUCCAACAAGGACAACAGUUUCAGGUUAUUGAUGAAUCCAGUGAACAGUGGUGGCUUGUUAGAACUGCAGGCAAAGACGACAGCGUUGUGGAAGGGUGGGUACCAGCUUCUUAUCUUGAAACGGAGGAAGACUAUGAGGAAAUGAUAAAAAAUGAACAAAUGAAGUUAUCCCAGUCAUCAUGUGAGCUAGACCAUGAGAUUCCAGAAUUUACAGAACAAGAUCAGUCACAAUCUGCAACAGAUGAAGGCCAUCAAGAGUUGGAAUGUGCUGAAGAACAUGUACAUCAACAACAUGGAAAUGGUUCUAGUUUGCUUGAUGUUCAUAAUUAUACUUCUAUCACUCGUAAGGGUAGCUUUAGACGGAAAACAAGUCCUGGAUCAGGAAGAUCACAAGCAAAUUCUUCGACAUCAAAAAAUGAAGAUGCCAAGCGAGUCUCAUUUAUACAACGUUUUCCGAGAAAGGCUCGCUGUUGCUGUGGCUCCGUUGUUACUCUUACAUGCACUCCCCAACUUUCUGGACUUGAGAGUGAAGUGUUUGCCAAGUGGACAAGAGAUGAAAUGGAAAUACAUAUAUCAAGCAAAUAUUCGAUUUGUCAGGAUGGCAAUACUUUUUCGUUAACUUUGAAAGACCUUGAGCCAUCCGAUGCCGCUCAGUAUCGAUGUAUUGUCACAUGUGGUGAUUUAUCAGGUGUGUGUAGCUGUCACUUGCUUGUCAGUGCACCGGAAGAGGCUAUAUUGUACAACGAAGUGGACCAGUACUAUGAUUUGGGAACUAAAAUAGGACACGGUCGAUUUGCUACAGUAAAACUGUGCACUGAAAAAUCUAGUGGAGUUGACUAUGCUGCCAAGAUUUUUCACAAGUUUACAGAGGAGACGCGUGAUGCCUUUCAAGCUGAACUUGUCAUGCUGAGUAUAUUGAGACAUCCACAGAUAGUUACUCUUCAUCAAGCAUUUGAAAGCAGUAACUCAAGGACACUAAUCUUGCAAAGGAUUGUUGGACAAGAGCUGUUUGAGCAUGUUGUGUCUGGUGACUGUAUUUCGGAGAAAGUAGCCUGUGAAUAUAUAAAACGACUGCUGGAUCCUAUACGUUAUAUGCAUUCCCGCUUUGUAGCACAUUUAGAUCUUAAGCCUGAAAACAUAAUGGUUGCUACUGAUGAGGCUGAAAUAUUUCGGAUAAAACUUAUUGAUUUUGGAUCAAGCAAGAAAGUUGCUAACGAGCCAUUAAUUCUGAAAGUGAUUGGAAAUGCAGAAUUCUGUGCACCGGAAGUUGUAAGAAACGAGCCUUUGAGCUUGGCGUCUGAUAUGUGGAGUUUAGGAGCAAUAACGUACACAUUAUUGACUGGUUUUUCACCAUUUUAUGCUGAAACUGUGAGUGAGACGGCAGUGAAUAUUGCUGCAGUGAAAUGCAGUUACCAGACAGCACCAUGGAGGAAAGUGUCUGAGAAAGCUAAACUAUUUGUUCAGAAUUUACUAAGAUGCGAUUCCAGGUUAAGGCGAACUGUUGAAGAUUGUCUAGAAGAUCAGUGGAUAAAGGAUUCAUUUAUUUCAACUGACCUGUUGGACACGUCUCGUUUACGAGCAUUCAUUGCAAGAAGAAAGUGGCAGAGGGAUCUUGUCACUGAAAGUGUAUUAAUCCAGCCGGUCUCAUGCGUCUGAGAAGUAGCUGUAGUGCAAAUAUUGAGGUCUUCAGACUUUAAAUUAGUGAAAUUGAUCAACUAACAUUAGAGCAAAGACUAAAAGUAUUUAGUAUAUUAUGAGUAUACGCUACAGUCUUGAUCAUCUGUUAGACUUUGGUGUAUUUAUUGGUUUUGGCUUCUUACAGCACAUGCACUAUCUGAAAAUAACAAUCUGUACAUAUGUACAGUACAGUGCAUAUGGAAUUCUACAGUUUGAUAUGUCA